AGAGGAGGAAGUCGACGGGACUGACGCGGCUGGGGGAACUUUGCCUCGAUGGCACUUUCCUGUCCGUGACUCCGCCCCCGCCAGAGGGGCUCGGCUCCGGGAUUCAAGAUGGAGUCGCUGAGUAGAGCUGGGCAGGAGAUGAGCCUAGCGGCCCUGAAGCAACAUGACCCCUACAUCACCAGCAUCGCAGACCUCACGGGCCAGGUCGCUCUGUACACCUUCUGCCCCAAGGCCAACCAGUGGGAGAAGACUGAUAUAGAAGGGACCUUAUUUGUAUAUCGAAGGUCAGCUUCACCUUACCAUGGUUUUACCAUUGUGAAUCGACUAAAUAUGCACAAUCUAGUUGAACCAGUGAAUAAAGAUUUGGAAUUUCAGCUCCAUGAACCAUUUCUUCUCUAUAGAAAUGCAAGCUUGUCAAUAUACAGUAUCUGGUUUUAUGACAAGAAUGACUGUCACCGCAUAGCAAAACUCAUGGCUGAUGUGGUAGAAGAGGAGACACGGAGAUCCCAGCAAGCUGCUCGGGAUAAACAGAGCCCCAGCCAGGCCAACGGCUGCAACGAUCACAGGCCCAUCGACAUCCUGGAGAUGCUGAGCAGAGCCAAGGAUGAGUACGAGAGGAAUCAGAUGGGCGACUCAAAUAUCUCUAGCCCUGGGUUACAGCCAAGCACUCAGCUCUCCAAUCUGGGAAGCACCGAGACACUAGAAGAGACGCCCUCCGGGUCACAAGAUAAGUCCGCUCCAUCUGGACACAAACAUCUGACUGUGGAAGAGUUAUUUGGAACCUCUUUGCCAAAGGAACAGCCAGCAGUUGUGGGUCUGGAUUCAGAAGAAGUGGAGAGGCUGCCAGGAGAUGCCUCCCAGAAAGAGCCCAGCUCGUUCCUCCCAUUACCCUUUGAGCAGUCAGGUGGAGCCCCUCAAUCAGAAAACCUGGGUGUCCUUUCUGCUGCCCACCACUCAGUCCAACCUGAAGUCACCACCCCGGUGCUAAUCACUCCAGCCGCCAUCACACAAACUAGUGAAAAGCAUGCCCCAAGCUACACAAUCCCUUUGAGCCCUGUGCUGAGCCCCACUCUGCCCGCUGAAGCUCCUGCUGCACAGGUUCCCCCGAGCUUACCUCGAAACAGCACCAUGAUGCAAGCAGUGAAGACCACACCUAGACAGAGGUCUCCACUCCUGAACCAGCCAGUCCCUGAUCUAAGCCACGCCAGUCUGAUUGCCAACCAGAGCCCCUUCAGGGCCCCACUGAGCAUGACGAACACAGCUGGCACAUCCCUCCCAAGCGUUGAUCUUCUCCAGAAACUCAGGUUGACCCCACAGCAUGACCAAAUACAAACACAGCCACUUGGGAAAGGUGCAGUGGUACCCAGCUUUUCUUCAGCAUCUGGCCAGCUGGCCACACCUGAGAGCUUCAUAGAGCCUCCCUCUAAGACAGCAGCAGCAAGAGCAGCGGCCUCAGCCUCCCUGAGCAACAUGGUGCUUGCUCCCUUUCAGUCUAUGCAGCAAAACCAGGAUCCUGAAGUAUUUGUCCAGCCUAAGGUGUUAUCCACUGCCAUCCCGAGGUUGCCUGCGCUGGGCCCGGUGCCAGCUUCUGCACUUGGGUGCAGGAUGACCACUGUUCCCUGUCAGGUUGCAGGCCCCUCACUAGCCACUGCAGCGACCACCGCGGUGUCUUCAGUCCUGCUGUCUCCAAGUGUUUUCCAGCAGACGUUUGCAAGGUCCUCAGACCUUGAGAGGAAAGCAAGCUCCCCUUCUCCUCUAACUAUUGGAACACCAGAAAAUCAGAGAAAGCCUUCCAUUGUUCUCAGCAAGUCCCAGCUCCAGGAUACAUUAAUACAUCUAAUAAAGAAUGAUUCCAGCUUCCUCAGUACACUUCAUGAAGUCUACUUGCAGGUUCUAACCAAGAACAAAGACAACCACAACCUAUGACUGGAACAGAAUAAAUCUGAAGGCAGACACAAAUAGGCUUCAUCAUGGAAACUUCUAAACAGAACGUUGAGUUUUGAGAAUCCUGAAAUCAAGCCUAUGAGAAAGAGACUCAUUCCAUAAGAAUGUUUUCCAAGUAACAUUCUCAGUGAUAAAGGAGGUUUCACUGUGAAGCAUCACCAGCAAACCUUUGUUUUGACAAAAAAAAAGAAAAAAAAGAUCAUUGUGUUGAGUUAUGUGGGUGUUUUCAUCAGCUGUAAGCAAGUAUGUGAAAUAAGGAGUCUCUCAGCUUGCUUUCACUUUCAAGGACAUAGGAGGAGUAGUCACCAGCUUUACUGCAGCCGCAGCCCAGCCCAGCCCACGCCCCUUCCCCUAACCCUGCCUCGAGAAACUUGGGCAUUAGGCUGAUAGUUAAGUUCUGAACAGAGGAGAAGUCAGCUGUGCAAAGUAGCUUUUAAAGAUCAGAGUUUUAAGGAUCUGAGUUUAAGUUGGUAAAUUAGGAAUUAUUUGUUCAAGUGAAGUAUAUUUGUUAUGAAUGCCCUAUUUGGGCCUUUAAAGUUCUGAAAUGUCUUAAUAGCAUUUUGUCCCCAGUGCUGCCUUGCAGCGCACUCCCAGCGCAGCACUAAUGUUUGAACAGAGUGCCGGCAGGCUCUAGCGGUGGGGGAGCAGGCAUGGCACACCUCUGAAGCAAAGGCUGGGGCUGGUAACACCCAGAUCCUAUCAGAUCUUCAUUAUAAGUUAAGCUCUCCAGUGAUUUUGAAAAUGUGUGUGAAGCACAGCUUUAUUUUCCUUUUCUGUCUAAACACAGUUAGAAAUCAUUGUUGAUUGUUUUCCUUAACACUUAGACAAAAGGACCAGUGAACCAUCUGUCUAAGCCAUCCUGGUUCCAUUCCUUGAGUGUACCAAGAAUAGUUUUAAAGCUAUGCAGAAAAGGGAGCUGUUAUUCACACUGCCCUUACUUUGUUGUAGAUUAUGGAGUUGAAAAGAAAGUAUGAGAUUCAGAACUUUACCAGUAUAUUCCUAGGCUGUGAGUAUUUUCCCAGCCCAAAGUGUGAAAAUAUGUAAAGAUGCUUUGUUAUGCUGCUAUUGAUCUGCCAUGAUUUGUAUUUAUUCUUUUAUGGCAUGUAAUGGUGUUUAGUAAUAUUUUAAUGUAGAUUUGAUUUAUUUCAGCAAUAGUAAUUUUAAGAUAUUCUUUGAAUGAAAGUGUCUUUGUUUCUAUAAUACAGGUCAUUUUGUAGUAUUUAACCAAUUAAGAUGCACUGCUUACUUUUCUGAGCACUAUUUAAUGAUGGGAUAAAAACCCAAUUGGCUCAACCAGCUAGCAUAAGGAUUAGCUGCGAAUAAUGCUGACAGAUGUGAUGGUUCCUUGGGAACAAUCAUUUAAGCUUUAAUGGUAACUCAAUCAUAAGUCUAUAGAUUUUUUUUCUAGCUGAAAUUUUAGAAAAUUAUUUGUGAAUUAUAUACUUGUUUUAGUUGGUCUUAGUUUUUUAGCAAUACUUUGAUUGGCUUUUGUUAAUCUAAACAUGCUUCCUGGACAACAUUUCUGCUUCUCCAUUAAGUGUCUUCUCUUGCUGUCUACCUAGUUAUGUGUGAAUUAUGCAGAAUUCAGGGAAGCUUUUAAGUUUUCAUGCUCAAUUAGGAAUAGUUUGUUUUCAAAGAUAGUGUGUAAAUUCAGCAACCAAAAAUGAAUUGCUUGUGCAUCAUAUGGGAAAUAGGAAGUUAUAGUAAGAAACACAGUGUCACUGACACUAGGAGAUGGUGUUCAGGGAGCCACGUGACUGUUCUCAUAAAAUGGAUGUGUCAGGAGAUUUGAUCACACCCCAGGUGUAGUCUCAGUGGGCUUUGGUAGAUGACGAAUCAAGGGAUUUCUGUUAUAAUGGAAAUUUGAAUUUAAAUAAUGCUUUUGAGUAUGUGUAAUAUUAUGAGAGGUUUAAGAGAGAGUAUCCUAAAGAGGGUCUGUAAUCCAAUCUGUUAAUGUUCACAUUUAAUGCUAGGAAUGAAUGUGAUAGUAAAGAGGAUCUAUGAUAAGGCUUCCCUAGUGUGAGAGUAAACUUUUAAGUGCCCAAGUCAUGGAGACUUGAAAAGAGUAAACCUGUUUCAACUCCCAAAUUUAUAUAUUCAAAGCAUUUACUUAAAAUUCAGAAGCCAGAAAUUCACAAUCAUGAUUGCCAGGAAGUUUGGGCCAAAAUGAGUCCAUGGAGAAGCCAGGCCAAGUCUGGAUGGUUACAGUUGGAUGACCCUGGCCGAAAAGUCACAGUUCCGUUGCCUUACUCCUCAUUCAGGCUUACUAUCCAGAACCUCGUGCUAGCUUAGGUUGCAUGUUUACAUUGCUGCAGUGUCUUUGCUGGAACCUUAGUUGAAUCACAGUGGACACCAAGAUGGAGACACUUCUUGCUAGAUUUUGCAGAACCCCCAGGAGACCUGCAUUUAAACCACUCUGUCCAUGUGUGUGCCUACCCCUACCCCGAAGGUCCAAGUGUAGGCUCAGAGGAGCAGCCCAGAGCUUGCAAGAGGAGGUGUGUCUGGGGUGUCACUGGUGGGUGGUGCUGCUCUUCUUGUCGUAGUUAAUGUGAUGUCUUUGAAUGGACUCUCACACCUCCCAGACAGCCCUGUUCCUUUUAGGCAGAAGCUCCUCUUCCUUGCACAUCUCUCCUGGGAUCUGUGAGGUGUGAGAGUUGGCCUACUUGACUGAAUUCUAAGUUUUCAAGUGGCUGUCAGUGUCAGAAGCAUUUCAUGCUGUCUGUGAGUGGAAUGUCCACAGCCCACCUUUGAAGGCUUAGGCAUAGCCAUCAGAGACGGGUGUUUUGUGAAGAACCCAAGUCAGUCUGGGUCCUUCUCUACAGGAGGAUGCGCAGGCUUUGUUUAGAAUAUGUCUGGCCCGAUUUUGCAUGUCAAGCAUUUGUUCUUUUUCUGGCCCAUGUUUUCCUGUAGAAAUUAUAAACCCCAUCAAAUCCACUACUAGGUAAAUAUUUUUAAACCAUGCAGCUUUAUUACUCUCCUCCCCCAAAGAAUGUAGUUUGAAAUUUUCUCAUUCUGGUAGUAGAGGCCCUAACUGCCAUUGUAUUACUAAUAAUGCAACAUGAAAUUGAAGGUGCCUAACUGCUUAAAACACAAAAUCAGCCAUCAUACUGUAACUGAGAGGAAUGAGAGGUGGCACAGGCACGAGUGGGCUCAGCCCGAGUGAGUGAAGAGAACUGAGGAAUCCCAGGCACGAGUCCUGCGUCCUUGCUGCGCACACUCUGCAGAGCACGUGUUUCUUUCUCGCCGACCUUUGGUUUUCUCCAGCUGUGUUCAGUGUACCUUCUGGAACCAGCAGAGCCCUGUGUUUUCAAGUGUCUGUAAUGUUAAGAUCUAAGCAAUGUCAAGCAACAUAUGCUAGGCUUUUGUAACGCUGUGCUUGAGAACAUUUCCCUGAGUGGGCCGGGGCCUCAAAAGACCCUGUUUUUCAGCAAAUUCAGCAGGAGAGAUAAGUGCAAUGUUUCACUCAGUUUUGUGUUUGACAUCUUCAUUUAAAGUGCUAAGAUGCAAUAUCAUUCACUUUGAAGUGGGGAAAAUGCAAAAUGUGUUUCCCUUUUAUCUGUGUGAUUCCUUAAGAAACAUGUUUUUAAAAUAUGUGUUCUAAAUGGUUUUUUAUUCUGUAUCACUGCUUUGGCCAUGUGGCUCUCAUGACUUUCAUUAUACCAGAUUCUCAGCUCCCUGAAAUGCGGGGAUGAGAAGCUCUGGAAUCACAGCAAAAUUUUUGUUCCAUAAGCGCAGUACUGCAUCAUCAACAUUUUUAAUGGAAUGGAUUUUGUACCGUCUGUGUAUGUUUGCAAAUAUUAAGUUAUUACAUGUUUUAAAAUGAGCGUUUUUCAUCCUAAAUUUUAUAUGUUUGCAAAUAUAUUUUUUUAAUAAAAUUUCAAAACCAAGUUUUAGCACCUA